AUGGUCACUAUCGGAAUCGCAUGUCUUGUGGGAGUUUACACAGGCACGAAGUUCUUCGAGCCCAUCGUCAUCGACAGAUUGCGUAAGGAUGGGAACCUGAGAACGGACGUUCCCAUCCCUGAAUACGAUGAGGAGGGAAGAAUUGUGAGGAUAACACCGCCUUCGCCACCUUCACCACCUACACCGCCACAGCAAUGA